UUUGAACUAAAAUGCUUUAAAGUGAUGUUUGUUGAUUUCAGCUUUUAGUUUCUUCUAUCUAGCAAUCUUUUAUUUUCAGGGUUCUUGGUAUGAAGAAAUGAUAAAUAAUCGGAAUAAAUCUGUUGUACGGGGUAUGGCAUGGAAUACUGAUGGCCAGAAGAUUUGCAUUGUGUAUGAAGAUGGUGCAGUUAUUGUGGGAAGUGUGGAUGGAAACAGGAUUUGGGGCAAAGAACUAAAGGGCCAUCACCUCAUGGGUGUAGAAUGGUCCCCUGAUUCUUGUUUGCUGCUCUUCUCACUCCACAAUGGAGAAGUUCAUGUGUAUGACAAUACAGGGGGGUUUGUUAAUCGGCUAAAUAUCCAGUGUCUGGGCAGCAUGGGUCUGGGUGCCAUGGUUGUUGGCCUUACCUGGUAUAAUGGACGCAAUGGUUAUGUUGAUCCUGAUUGUCCCACUCUGGCGAUCUGUUAUGACAAUGGAAGGAUGCAGAUUAUGCGGAAUGAAAGUGAUGACAUGCCUAUAUUGAUAGAUACUGGCAUGAGUGUGUGUGCCUGUCAGUGGAAUCACAAUGGCAGUGUGAUGGCUGUGGCAGGCACCCUUCAUCUGUCUGGCAUUGGGGAAAAAGACUGCAAUGUUGUUCAGUUUUAUAAUCCCUUUGGAGAGCACUUACGAACCCUGAAAGUGCCUGGUAAGCAGAUUACUGCCUGCUCAUGGGAGGGAGGAUCUCUGCGAAUUGCCCUAGCUGUCGACUCCUUCAUCUACUUUGCCAAUAUCCGUCCAGAUUACCGGUGGUGCUUUUUUUCUAAUACAGUUGUAUAUACAUUUACCAAGCCAGAGCGCUCUGAAGCUUGUGUCACUUUCUGGGACACCAAAAAUAAUGAGCACUUCAUCAAGCAUAUAAAGUAUCUGAUGGGAAUGGCAGCAUCUGGGGAACAUUGUGUGUUGGCAGUACGAACAGAUGAUGGCUCUGGGCAGUUUGGUCUCAUCAUCUGCAAUGCUAUUGGAACACCAGUGGAUAGUAAAUACAUUGACAUUGAACCUCAUUACUUGGCAAUGACAAGUAGUUAUGUAUUUGCUGCUUCAAAAGAGAACUUCUACCUGUGGCAUUUCAAGACUCCCAAGGCCCACAGCUCCAUUGAACUGAUAAGUACUGUGAAAUCAGAUCGGCAGGAGAGACUUUACCACAUUGAUGAUGCUCCCACUGGCAUGUCUGAUAUUUUUAGAGAAGGGGACAAGCUAUAUGAGGCCACCAAUGACCCCAUAUGCUGCAUGACUGCAAGUGAGAGAAUACUAGUCGUUGGAAGAGAGUCCGGGGCUCUUCAGCGAUACACCUUACCUCAUGUUGCCCUGACAGCUCGCUACACCUUGCCAUGCCGCCCUCACCGCCUUGCACUUAACUGUAAUUCUUCACGCUUGGCCAUCAUUGAUAUUACUGGGUUACUUACCUUCUUAGACCUGGACAUUCGAUCUUCAGACAGCAGUGGAGCUGAAGUGAUGGGAUCAAUACUGAAGUUUGAACGAAAAGAUGUGUGGGACAUGUGUUGGGCUCAAGACAACCCAGAGCUGUUUGCUAUGAUGGAGAAGACACGCAUGUAUGUGUUUCGAAAUAUGGACCCUGAGGAACCCAUAGCCAGCUCUGGCUACCUUUGCAACUUUCAAGACCUUGAGAUACGUGCUGUGUUGUUGGAUGAAGUGAUGAAUGAACCAGAGUCUCCAACUAUGGACCACUUGUUGACCUUGGAGGUGAAGAGUCUGCGAGACACUCGGGAUUUGCUGGAGAAGGUGUCCAUCAAAGAUGCUGCAGCUUUCAUUGAUGAGAACCCUCACCCCAGACUUUGGCGUUUACUAGCUGAAGCUGCUCUAGAGAAGCAAGAUCUUAAAAAUGCUGAGGCAGCUUUUGUCCGGUGCAAGGAUUAUCCUGGUAUUCAGCUAGUAAAAAGGAUUUCAAACAUUCAAAAUGAAGCUCUUAGAAAAGCAGAAGUGGCAGCAUACUUCAAGGAUUUUGAUGAAGCAGAAAGGUUAUACCUAGAAGUGGAUCGCAGGGAUCUCGCUAUCUCCCUUCGGCGCAAGUUGGGGGACUGGUUCAGAGUUGUGCAGCUCCUCAAGUCUGGUUCAUUUGGAGACGAUGUACAGAUGGAAGAAGCCUUAAACAACAUUGGACAUUACUAUGCUGAUAGACACAAAUGGGAUGAAGCUGUGAAGCAGUUUGAAGCUGCUCAUAACCAUGAAAUGCUAAGUACAUGCUACUAUCAACUAGAAGAUUUUGAAUCUCUUGAAUCUCUUGUCCGAUCAUUGCCAGACAAUUCUACCCUUCUGCCAUCCAUAGCUGAAAUGUUUACCAGUGUUGGAAUGUCUCAACAAGCUGUUGCAGCUUAUAUGAAAUGCAAUCAGAUUAAGUCUGCGAUAGAUACUUGCGUUGCUUUGAAUCAGUGGCAUGAAGCUGUGGAACUUGCUAAGGAACAUAAUGUGACGGAGAUUAGUGCCCUACUUGCUCGCUACGCUUCUCAUCUCUUAGAUAAAGGCAACCGUCUCCAGGCUAUUGAAUUAUAUCGCAAAGCAGACAAACUUCUUGAUGCUGCAAAAUUAUUGUAUCAGAUUGGAGAAGAAGAAGGCAAGAAAAAAACACAUCCUUUACGUGCCAAGAAACUGUAUCUCCUGGCUGCUCGGCUGGUACAGGAGCACAACUCCAAGAUGAAGAAUACCAUGAAGGAGGAAGGAAGUCGGAGUGCAGCCUUGAUGGGUCUGUUUGAUGAUGGACUCACUGGAGACAAAGAUAAAGGAAGCCAAUACAACAACAUGUUGGACAGUCCUUGGAAGGGAGCAGAGGCCUAUCACUUUUUUCUCCUGGCCCAGCGUCAGCUUUAUGAAGGUUAUGUUGAUGCAGCAAUGAAGACAUGCCUUCAUUUAAGAGAAUAUGAAGGUAUUCUUGAUCCUGAAGACAUAUAUGGCCUUUUGGCUCUGGCCUCUUGUGCUAAUCGUGCCUUUGCAACAUGUUCUCGAGCAUUUAUAAAACUUGAAGCAAUUCCUGAGAUCAACAGUGAAAGAAGGGAAGCAUAUGAGGAUCUAGCUAUGAAUAUUUUCAUGAAGUACAGUCCAAAGGAUUCCCGCAGCAAUAGAGCUGAAUGCACCAACUGUGAAACCAUGAUUCCUGAUUGGAUUAGUGUGUGUCCAAGCUGCAACACCCGCUUUGCCACUUGCAUUGUUACUGGUCGACCAAUAAUGGAUGUGACAGCCGUGGACAUGUCAGUCCUGCAAGCACUCUGCACUUGAACAAGACAUGACGAUGCGAACUCACUGUCCUCUUUGUCAUGUUGUCAUUGCUAAUUAAUAAUGUUUAAUUUUUUUCAAGGACCACAAGUUUCGACUGAAUUCAUUAUGAGAGCAUUGUAUAUUGCUAAUUAAUAAUGUUUAGUAUUUUCAAGGGCCACAAAUUUCCACUGAAUUUAAUAUUAUGAGAGCACCGUGUUUGAAAUAGUUUAACUAAUCAGUCUAUGAAGCCUUAUCCUAUAUUGAGCACUCUGUCCAGUGCAGUGAGGGUGUCAAGACCCAAGUCAUCAACUCUUCUGCAGUAGGACAGCAUACUAAGUUCUCUUCCAUAUGAUGAGGCUCUUCACUGAGAGGAUGUGGGUGCAAAAGGUCAUGAAAGGAAUCCAUUACUCACUCCACCACAUGGACCUGGUGGAGAGGAGUCGACGGGAGGGUGAUGGACUACGUUGACCCUCCACCCUGGGCAGUAGAGGUAGCCAGAAUCUACAUUGCACCACCAUCCAGCAGCAAAGGCAGGUGCUCAAAAUAGACCCCACGCAUGCACAGGAGACUAUCACCCACACGAGUACAUCAUGGACAGGUUGAUUAACCGGGAGAGUAGCAAGAAUGCGACAGCCUUCGUCCGUGGAGAGGAGUUGCAGAAUUGGAGGACCAAUGACCAAUGCUCCACCUUGCAGACACUCCUACAUGCAUGACAUGAUGGUUUGCACAGAUUCAUUUACUGCACUCCAGACCUCUACUCAGACAUAACACACCAAGAGAACUUCAGACUAGUGACACUGAUACUCGAUAUUCAAUUGACUGAGAGAUGAGGGAUGAACUUUGACAUUAGCCUGGAUACAUUGUCAUGUGGGUAUCCUGCAAAAAGAGGCAGCUGACUUAAAAGCCAAGAGAGCCCUGACUGAAGAGUCACAAUUGAUGUCCCACUCAGCCUGCAGAAACCAAAGCAGUUGGAAAGAUGAAGAUGACAGACAGAUGAGCAAGGUGCUAUUACAGGGCAUCGAAGCUAACUUGGCAUCCCUUCAGUGGCAUGCACACACAACCAGCCACUAUAGUAUUCCCAUUUGAAACUGGCCGGUGGGGUGUAGGCCUAUGCGGGUCAGCCCUACCACACACUCUCAAGACUCUC